GUCAACCGCAACCGCAACGCAGGAACAGGAAUAGAAACUACAACUCCAACGAACUACCAAGACGACAUCGCGAAUUCUGCGCUUCGGCCAAUCCAUAGAGAAACGAAGAACCCUUUCCCGGUAGAAAGAGGAAUUUAGGCGCAACGAGACGACUGCAGUAACAGACGGCGCAUCGGGGCCUCAAAACCACCAACCACCCCUCAAACAAAAAAUAACCACCCACCGGACCUCAUGAUGACGGCAGGGCUCAAGACUAUAAUAUCGCUAUCCUUCGUACGUUCUAUCUAUAUACUUGUCGUAGCAACCGGGAGUUAUUAACAUCCUCCCAGGUGUUAGCAGUAGGCUUCCUCCUCGUAAUCCUCUCCUGCGCCCUCUUCCAACAAUACCUGCCCCUUCUCGUCGUCGCAACCUACAUCCUCGCACCACUCCCCAACUGGAUCUGCGGACGAUGCGCCAACCCGGAUGACUUCGGCGACAGCGGGGGAGCGAACGCGAUCGUGGAUUUUGGGAAGUUCUGCACAGGUUUCUUGGUAGUUAUGGGAAUUGGUACGUGACGCCCUUCAAAAUCGGCCAGGGGGUAGAUCUAGUACUUUUGUUCAAAUUUGGAACAAGGAAUUUGGACUAAUGAAGGAUCCGUACAGCACUGCCGGCAGUACUCGCCCAUUCGGAAAUCAUCCGUGUCCCAGCAAUGGUCAUGUCCAUCAUCGGAGGUGUCCUUAUCUACGGAACGAUCAUCAGCUUCGGCAUGUUCUUCCAGGAAGAGCAAGAAUUUUAAAGCGGCUCUUAUAUUUCGAGACAAACCCGGAAAUCCGGAAUCCAUGGAUUGGAGAAUGUAUCAUUGUAGGGCGGGAAACUGUUCAAGGGCAUCAAUACGUGGAAAGUUGGAAGUCACGAAAAGGGCGGGAUGAGGCCUAUUUGUAAGAGUGUAAGGUUAUGCAUAUCAUCAUCAGGAGUAAGCAAGUUAUUCUCUUUUGUUGGUUUUUCUUGGAUUGGUUAUAUAUGAA